GCAAGCUCCCAGUUCAUGCUGGCCUCCCUGCUGAGCUGCUCCCAUGGCUGACUCACCUCUUAACCACUCCUGGCCAUCCUUUUCCAAACUCUGGAUGAAGAGAUGGUCCUUCAAGAGAGCAUCCGAGUGUAAGCCAUGUAGUCAGUCCUGCGGGAAUCCCGGCAACCAACUGAGCCUCCAUCCUCAUCCUUCCAAUAGGAAAGGACUGUUCUCGUCACCAACCCCAGCCUCCAUCACAGAGGAUGUGUUCUUUGGUAGCAGCAGUGAUGACCAGGAUGCCUGUUCAGUAGUCAGUGACUACGACUGUCCCUUUGUGGAGGAGAACAGCAGCGUGGAGGACCUUCAGGGCCUCUGCUCCUCUUUCCGAGACUCCGAGUUCUUCAAAGACCUGGAGGGAGCAGCACUGAUCCCUCAGACUCCUGCAUCAACAAAAAUCCUUGAGUGCAAAACGCCACAAAGCGCUGCUUCACAGCUGCCUCUAAACGUACACGGUCCAACCAGUAACCAGCACUCACACACACCUCACACGAUACACUUGCCACAGGCCAAUGCCCCGUCAUUUCCUUCCUACGGACAACCUCCAGAGGAACUUCCUCAUGAGUUUGUUGGAGCUCAGCUGCUCUCUGAAUGUGUUAUUGACAGCAGUGACUCCACUGGCCUUACGGGAGAUCUAAGGUCCACAAUUACUUUAAAUGGCCUACUGGGAUCAAUGGAAACAGUAAAACCAAAAACAGGACUAGAAGGAGUAAAAGAUCAAGCGAUGAUGGAUUUUGAUGGCAAGCCAGACCUGGACAGCUUUCCCAUUCUGGUCCGAUCCAUGUCAACGUCCAGGAGGCACAGCUGGGGAGUCCCUCUGUCCCCGCUGAACUCUGGCAGGAGGCUGAGUCUGGACACCGCGGCCAUAGACAACAAUGGAGAGAGGGACAAUGAUGAGGAGCAACUGAACAGUCUCUUCCAGUCCACCCAGUGUCCUGGAGAUGAGCCGGACGCUUCCAGCUCUAAGGCCACCGGCGGGCCUGGCAGGCAGCUGUACUCCCGCUCACAGAUCCUCGCCACAGACGAAUGUUCCCGUGCGGCACACAUUUCUCGUGUUUUGCAGACAUCCAAACAGGCCGCCAGGGCGGCAGGAGUGGCUGAGGAAUUUGACCCUGAAGAAAGCCUACACUCCACUGAAGGACAAAGCCACAUGCUGAUGGUACAGAAAGUUCUGCAGGAGCUAAAGCUGUACCACGGAACAAAGCAGAAACGCAACAGUUCAGACGCCAACAAUUCAGAAAGUGUCACUUGGUACGAGUUCCUAUCUAAGGAGAAUGAGGAGGAGGAGGAACGUUCAGAGAAGAUUGAGAGAGGCACCAAGGUGAAAAGGACCUUCAGUUCUCUGAAGAACAGGGUGUCCCACUCCUUCUAUAAAGACAGGAGUAAGAACCAAGAGAAAGUGUACAGCAACAUGCACCAAUUGGUGCCAGGCUCCUUCACCAGCUCCACCACCUGCUCACUGUGCAGCAAGACCCUGCAGAACAAGCAUGACCUGCAGUGCAACAAUUGUGCAGUGAAUGUUCACAAGAACUGCAAGUAUCUGCUGGGUGAGUGCACCAGCAGGAAGAGUAAGAGAGAUUCUCUUACAAGGGGUGCGACAUCGGGAUCUCCUAACCUUGCGCUGAAAGACCGGGACAGAGAGAAGGAUCAGGCUGGCACAGCGGCCCUGAAUGGCCACAGAGGUUUUCUCACUCUUCCAGGCAUGACCGUUAGCUCAAGUGGACCUAGCACUCAGCAACCUACCGCCCCUAACUCUAGUGCCACAUCAGUUUCUGCUCACAGCGCUGGUCUCCGUCACAACAGCAGCUCAGGAUCCCUCCCUGGGGAGAUGGAUGAGACCGAUGCUCUCCGCUCCAAGCGCUGCAACGAAGACGCCAUUUCCCUUGCUCCUUCCAUAGCAGAGUCGAUCAUCGUUGAGGAUGCUCACUAUGCAGCAGUGCGGGCUGACCUUGAGUCAGACGCUCAGGACUUGGAGGCAGACUCGUGGAGUUUGGCAGUGGACUCCCAGUAUCUGAAGAAGCACUCUAAAGAAACCGUGAAGAGGCAGGAUGUGAUAUAUGAGCUGAUGCAGACAGAGAUGCACCACGUGCGAACGCUGAAGAUAAUGCUGCGGGUGUACGUCCGAGAGCUAAAGGAGAGCCUGCAGAUGGACUCGAGCCGAAUCGACUGUCUAUUCCCUCGUUUGGAAAACCUCCUGGACCUUCACACACACUUCCUGUCACGUCUCAAAGAGCGGCGGAGAGAAAAUCUCGACUCGCCAAGCGACAAGAACUACACUAUCCCCAGAGUGGCAGACAUCCUAAUCACACAGUUUUCAGGCGAAAUAGGAGAAAGGAUGAAGGACUCUUAUGGAGAUUUCUGCAGUCACCACACUGAAGCGGUCAGCUACUACAAAGAUCAGCUGCAAAACAACCGGAGGUUUCAGAACCUCAUAAGGAAAAUCAACAACCUGUCUAUUGUGCGAAGGUUGGGAGUGACGGAGUGUAUUUUGUUGGUGACUCAGCGAAUUACAAAGUACCCCGUUCUGGUGGAGCGCAUUCUGCACAACACAGAAGUGGGAACAGAGGAGCAUGAUGAACUGACUCGAGCUCUGGGUCUGAUCAAAGAUACCAUCGUACAAGUGGACACGCUGGUUAAUCUCUACGAGAAGAACUCUCGACUUCGAGACAUACACAACAAGAUGGAGCCAAAGGCGCUGGGGAAAUUCAAAGAUGGCCGAGUGUUUCGCAGGGAGGACCUGGCACAGGGACGGAGGUGUCUCCUUCAUGAGGGCACGGUCAGCUGGAAGGCUGCUUCUGGAAGACUCAAAGAUAUUCUUGCAGUUCUGCUGUCAGAUGUGUUGCUCUUAAUACAAGAGAAGGAUCAGAGACAUGUAUUUGCUACAGUUGAUAACAAACCGUCGGUGAUCUCGCUCCAAAAACUGAUUGUCAGGGAGGUGGCUCACGAAGAGAAGGCCAUGUUCCUUAUCUGCGCCUCCUCCAACGAGCCAGAGAUGUAUGAGAUCCACACCACUUCCAAGGAGGAGCGAAACACUUGGAUGGCGCAAAUACGACAAGCUGUUGAGAGUUGUCCUCACUCAGAAGAGAGGCUGUUCAGCGAAGAAGAGGAGGCACGAGCGUCCAGGCUUAAAGAAUUUCAAGAGCGGCUGAGUCAGAAAGAUGCAGUGAUCUUACAGGCCCUUACUGAGAAACUGCAGCUGUUUGCGGAGAUGGCAGAGUCUACUGUAGCUCUGGAGAAUUUAGCCUCCAGUUCCCGGCUGCUGCUUCGAGGAGAUGCUUCAGACCUCCAGCAGGGGGAGAUCUUGCUCAAAGGAGCCAUUACUGAAGUGGAGAACCUGCAGAACUUACUGCAGUCUGGAGUGAGAGAGGAGACGCAGUCCUCUCACACAGAGGAAGGUGGAGGUUCUGGGGUUCUGCCCAGGCGAGCAGGCACCUUUGGGGGCUAUGACAGUAACCCCUCCAUCCUCAGUAAGAAUGGCAGCAUGAAUAAGAGCUUUUCUGGCGAGUCCAGAAGCAGAGACCGAAGCCAAAGAGCCAGCUCUGACCCUCAGCUGAAAGACCUCUAUAGCAGCCACACUCUGGAACAGACGGUUGAUGAGACCUGCAGCUCUCCUGUUAAAUGGAACCGGAUCUGGUCCAACUCAUUUCCUGAGGCAGAGUUCUUUGACAGAGUGUUGAUGCUCUCCCAGCGGCUUUAUAGUCUGGAGGCCAUCGUAUCACAGCAGGACAGUCAGAUUGAGCUGCAGCGGGCCUCCCUGACAGAGCGGGUAUCCUUGCCGGGCCGUCACAGAGGAAACGUUCUUCUGGAGCAGGAGAAACAGCGGACUCUGGCUCUGCAGAGAGAGGAGCUGGCCACUUUGCACAAACUGCAAUCUCAGCACAGGCAUGAGCAGCAGCGCUGGGAGAAGGAGAGGGAGAGGCAUCGGCAACAAGUUGAAGCCACUGAGGCCAAACUACAACAAAGGGAGGAGGAGUGCAGGAAGCUUGAGGAGCAGCUGGCGAAGGAAAAGGAAGAGCUGGACAGGCAGAGAGAGACGUAUCAGCAGGACUUGGAGAGACUGAGAGAGUCCACCAGAGCAGUGGAAAAAGAAAAGGAACGCCUGGAAAACCUAAAGAAGAUCAAACGAAAGACCAUUGAGGUGGCCCCACUCUCUGGCAGUCUGAACGGGGAGCUCCUGUCCAGCUCCUCCGCUGUGUCUGACCUGCCUCUUUCCCAUAAGCCCAUAGUGCGUGGCAGCCUGUCCGUCGCUCCCGCCGACUACCCCGAACGCCCUGAAGUGACUCUGAGGCGAGAGGCAGGCUCCUCCACACUGCCUCUGAAGACAGAAGUGCCUCUCCAUCUUUUCAGCACCACCAACCAGCAGCACAAACCUGUUGGGGUGCAGCAGCAGAUCCCAACCAAACUGGCAGCAAUCAACAGUGGCAAAGGAAAAGGGGGGAAGAGCGGAAAGGCCUCACACCGCACUGACAGCACAGCCUCUGUUGAUAUGAAGCAGAUGCUUCCUUUGAAACUGUCCUCCAGAGAGGACAACGUCCUGAAAGCCAAGCGCUCCAUCAGCCCCCACCAGCAGACGCCCUCGGCGGCCUCUCCUCAGUCCCACUCCCUGCACCAACACUCAGAUCAACUGAGUCCUCCAGACAGCCUCGGACUAGACGCUCCCCAUCCUCCAAAUGUGCAGAAGCCCCCCAUGCCGAUCCACCCCCCUCCCUCCAUGCCUCCCCAGUGUCAGGGCUCUGAUCCCAUCCAGCUGCAGCCGACGAGCCAUGGCCCAAACACACAGGUUCACGGGCUGAGCCACAGCAAACCACCUCCUUACUCCAUCGCCACAGACGACCUCAAUAAGGAGGACGUCAUAUUUUUUUAAUGAAGAAGCAGAAGCAGCACUGAUUUUAAAACAAAACAAGCACAGGACAUCCACUAAUCCCAAGUGAACCACAAGGCCUGAUCAGUGACGGCACGGUUAAUUUGUCCACACAGAGCAGCGGCUCAAUGAAAGGCUCAACAUUUCCGUUUGGACACAUUGACUUCGUAUUUCUAUCUAAACUGCCUUUAUUUAAAAUUUAGGUAGUUUUUUUAAUCAAAGCUUAAUUAUGGGGUGGAAAUCUGGAGUAAAACAAAGGUGUCUUGUUGUGUUUUUGUUUGUUUUUAACCCAAAGACAACAAAAGAACUGAAGAGGAUGUUUCUAAAAGAAGACUCCUUUUAUCUUUUAAUGAAGAAGGUGAGUUCAGCGAUGGAUAGUUGCUCUUCGCAGUUUGCUUCUGCAGGACCGGAGACUUUUAUCCAAGCCUGUUUGAACUUUCGUUUGCACAAAUGUAAAAAUACUCCAUUCCAAGCUAAUGAAGGUACUUUAACGUGGAAAAUAUGUAAAAUGCGAUUGUACGGCUGUCCAUACUGCGAAGCUUCAUUUGAUUUUGAUUUUUGUUUGUUGGUCUUAAUCAUAAUUAUUUGGUAAGAACUGAUUGUAGUUUCCACUUUUGUUGAAUUGUUAGACUGUUCUACUUUAUUUCAAUUAAAUGAAUAUAUUGGCCUUUUAAUGUUUAACUGUUGCCCUAAAAAGAAAACGUAAAACAGAAAUUACAGUUGCAGGAGGAGUGUUUUAUUUUUUUUGGCACAUGACGAAAAUCAACUAAUUUAGGGGGCUUUUAUAUUAAUGUUUUCUUUUUUUUUUUAUGUUUAGGCACAAAGAAAACAAUAAAUUGGUUUGAGUUUGUCUGAACUGGGGAAGCAUUUCCCAAAAUCCUUGCUUUAAGUAUCUCAUCAUCAUGGACACCAGGACAGUUGUUUGUUUAAAUGAUGCACUAGUUAACCCACAUUUAAGGUGGCUGAUGGUGCAGCAGGAAACACGUGGGAGACGACACUUUCUAUCCUCUUGGCUGUUGGAGCAUUAAUAUUCCAGCUGGUGCUUGUGUCCUCCAGCCGAACUGACAACUGUCCCUGAUGGACAGUUUGUGUUUUUAUAAAAUCUUUUGUCACUGGAAUAGGUUUCUGUGAUCUGACGUAUGCAGGCUAACCAAUCGGCUGACUGAUGGUACAUUUCUACUACGUAAAGUUGUCACUUUAACUGAGGUUCGAAGGUUUGGACGACAGUUUGAUUUGUUGAUUGAUGACAUUUUAUCAGCUGGAUUUUUAAAGUUCAAAAAGGGUCCUGUGUCAUUUUCAAGUUUAUGAUUUAGAUUUGUCAGAUUUUUGUUUCCCUGCAUAAAGAUGUUGACACGUAAGCAUUUAGUUUUGUCUACAUGGAGGUUUUUGUUCAUUUCAUGUUGUGUAUUAUGUUAGUUUGGCUUCCUUCUGCGGUCUUUUAACAAACUUGUGAAGAUGUGAAAAUCAAGCAGAUGUCCGUUUGGAUAUUUGUGUAUGUUAACCACACACAAUCUGGUGUGUGUGUGUGUGUGUGUAAGCCUCCUGGCAGGUAAUGAAACCAUAAUCAUUUGUUGCUGAUGAACUGAAACUGAAUGUGGAUAUUUAGAAUCUAACGUGUGUUUAAGUUGUUGCACUGAAGUUGGGCGCGCUGUCUUGGCUCCUUGGAAAAAUCUGUAAAUGAUGUUUCACCAUGAUUAUGCAGCAGUUAAAACAUAAUUAUCUGCUUUUUGUCCUCUGGUUUGAACCAAAGACACAUGGAGCUUUGCAUGGAGGACGAAGGAUAUUGUGCUGGUUGUGUGGUUAAACACGAGGCCUUUUAUCUGCAGGGAGGGUCAACAACAAUCCUUUUUGGGGGAAAUGUUUUUCUCCUCUGUCACAAACGUCUCAAAUGCAGGGCAGACAUGACUAGGUUGUAAACAUUCAGCAGUAAAAUAAGUUUAAUCAAACGUGUGUAACUGCAGGAGACCACCAUUAUGAACUCUAGUGCGUGCACGCGUGUCUUCAUGAAUGGAAUCAAUAUUCCAGAACCUGUAAAGAGCGAGCACACAACAAGAGAUGACAGCUGUCGAGCAUCUCACGAUGGAAACGCUGAACGUUGAGAUGUGACUCUCAAACCUCAUUGCCCCGGGGUCAAAUGCCUGCAUGGGUACAUUUUCUUGCUUUGAAGUUUUCCACCCUGAAGGAGAGGGGGAUUGUGUGACAGGAAAACUUGUGCAAGAGCACUUUAGUUCUGCUCCAGACUUUUCUCAAACCUCAGCAGGUGGAGGCUUUCAACGGCGCUCUAAUGAAGUCUUAAAUGUUGCAUUGCUGCACUGAAAAGCUUAAUGUGUUAAGCCGUUGUAUAAUUCAGAAGGCUGUCAGUCUCAUCUGUCUGCACGCGUGUGUGUGCGCGUGCAUGUGUGUGUGUGUACACGUGUGUUUUCUGUUUCCUCUCCUCACACACUUGCUGGACCUGUAAAAUGUAAAUAAUCACAAAUGUUUCCUCUGCCAAUUUUACACUAGUCACUUUGGAAAGUAGCUACUUGAAGGGGAAAGUGAAUGAUUUGAAUGCUUGUCUGUAAACUUCAGUGUGACAUCUGUAGCAAAACAGCAAAACUGAUCAUUUUUGUACUGUUUUUGUUUUAUUCACAAUACAACAGUAGAGACCUGUGAGCACAAACGGCUGCCUUAGACAAAUGUAGUAAUAAUAAAAAAGCUGUAAAUUA